GCACAGCGGAGGAAAGGAGGGCAGGGAUGUGCCUCAGUUUCUGUCUCCUUUAUUGCACAUGCGGAAUUCCUGAUCACUUUGUUUUUUUUCAUUUGGGAAAAGUAAAGUGUCGCUGCAGACGCGCUGGUAGGGAGCAAAGGCGCCUGCUGUAAAUCCUGAACAAACCCUGGAGUCACGUUCUCCCGCCCAUCUGAAGUAGACAGCCAUCACUUCCAUAACUUUCUUUUACAUUUUUUGCGACCUGAACCGAUUGAACGAUUACCAGUUCGACAUGGCGUCUCUUUAUCAGAGAUUCGGGGGUCAGAUCAACACCAACAAAUCCUUCCCCAACCCACCGGAGGCGAGUCAGGUCCUCGGACAGGCCGGAGAUCAGGGAGACCGGGCGGCGGGGAUCCAGAAAGCCCGACUUCAGCCCCGCUGCCGCUGCUGCGAGGACGAAGCUGAGCUGGUGGGCAGCAACCCUCCGCAGAGGAACUGGAAGGGAAUAGCGAUCGCCCUUCUUGUCAUUCUGGUCAUCUGCUCGCUGAUCGUCACCUCCGUCAUCCUGUUGACACCAGGAGAAGAUGACCGUCUGGCUCUGAAAGGCAAAGUUACGGUUGGAGAUCUCUUCAGAAAAGAAUUCAAGGUUCAUGAUCCAAACGCUAAAUGGAUAAGCGGUAAUGAGUUAUUGUACCGUAACCGAGAUGGCGACGUUGUCAAGUACAACAUCGACACGGAUGAGCAAACUGUCUUGGUUCAUAACAAGAAGUUUGAAAUGUACAAAGCCAGCAGGUAUGAGGUGUCCCCUGACUUGAAGCAUGUGCUGCUGGCCUACAACGUUGCAGCGGUGUACCAGUAUUCUUAUACAGCCUUUUACAUCAUCUGCAGUCUGGAGACUCCAGAGACAUGGAACCUGAACCCCCCAGAGGUGCGAAAUGCUCAGCUGCAGUUUGCAGGAUGGGGACCCCAGGAUCAACAACUGAUAUUCAUUUUUGAGAACAACAUCUACUAUCGAUCUAAGGUGGAGAGCCGUUCAAUUCGUCUGGUGUCUACUGGAAGGGAAGGCUUCAUCUUCAAUGGACUCAGUGACUGGUUGUAUGAAGAGGAGAUCUUCCACUCACACAUCGCCCACUGGUGGUCCCCUGAUGGAGCCAGGUUAGCCUACGCCACCAUCAAUGACACUCUCGUGCCCAAGAUGGAGCUGCCAAUGUUCACUGGAUCACCGUACCCAGUGGGAAAGGAAUAUCCAUACCCUAAGGCUGGUGAAGAGAACCCGGUCAUCACCCUGUAUGUUGUAAACCUUAACGGGCCCCUCCAUACUAUCGAGAUGAGAAAACCUGAUGAUCCCAGGAUUGGUGAAUACUACGUGACGAUGGUGAAGUGGGCCACCGCGACCAAGCUGGCCAUUAACUGGCUGAACAGAGCCCAGAACAUUUCCAUGCUGACGCUGUGUGAGGCCACGACGGGCGUCUGCACAAAGAAACACGAAGAUGAAAGCGAAGGCUGGCUCUACAGGCAGAAUGAGGAGCCUCUGUUUUCUAAAGACGGCCUCAAGCUCUUCUUCACUCGCGCCAUUCCCCAAGGAGGCCGUGGGAAGUUCUUCCACAUCUCCAUGUCCGUCUCUCAGCCCAACACCAGUAUAGACACCCUGCAAUCCAUUACAUCUGGAGACUGGGAUGUCACCAAGGUCCUGGCCUACAAUGAAGACAGCCAAGUGGUAUACUUCCUGAGUACUGAAGACGGACCGAAGAGGAGACACUUGUACAGCGCCGACACAUUUGGAUCAUUUAACCGACGCUGCCUGUCCUGUGCCUUGGCCGACAGCUGUGGCUACGUCAGCGGCUCCUUCAGUCACAACAUGAGUUACUUCCUGCUCAACUGCCAAGGGCCGGACAUCCCAUUUGUGGCGGUGUACAAGACUCAAAGAGAUGCCGACAGUGAGACUCAGGAAAGAGAGUGUAUUUUAGAGGUUUCUAAACUGGAGAGCAACGAGAACCUCAGGCUGACUCUCAACUCCAUGCAGAUGCCUACAGUGGAGUACAAGGAGAUCAACAUGGACGAAUAUAUCUUGUCUUUAAAGAUCCUAAAACCCGCCGGCUUUGUGGAUUCAUCACACUAUCCGCUCCUUCUGCUUGUUGACGGGAACCCUGGCGGCCAAUCGGUGUCAGAGCAGUUUGUCUUGGACUGGGCCACGGUUCUGGUGAGCAGCUUUGGUGCCAUUGUGGUGCGCUGUGACGGUAGAGGCAGUGGCUUCCAGGGUACCAACGUUCUGCACCGGAUCCAUAAGAAGCUGGGCGUGUUUGAGGAACAGGAUCAGACGGAUGCUCUCAGUCUUAUUCUGAAUGAGCCGUACGUGGACCAAACCAGGGUCGGAGCUUUCGGACAGGUGUAUGGAGGCUACGUGACCAGCCUGUUACUCAGCGGUGAGGAGUCUCCACUAAAAUGCGGAGCUAUCCUCUCACCCAUCAUCGACUUUGAAUUAUAUGCUUCUGCUUUUUCUGAGAGAUAUCUUGGGCUGCCUAAACCAGAUCCAAGAGCAUACACGAUGGCAAAUUUAGCACACAGAGCAUCUCAGUUCAUGGAUAAGAAGUUUCUUAUCAUUCACCCAACAGCUGAUGAAAAAGUCCACUUCCAACACACAGCGAAAUUCAUCUCCCAGCUCAUCAGUGAAAAGGCCAACUACACCUUGCAGAUCUACCCAGACGAGGGCCACUUUAUCCACAGCGAAGCAACAAGGCAGCACCUGAGUCAGUCCCUGGUGAAUUUCUUCGAGGAGUGCUUCAGGCUACCAGAAAGUGUGUUUGAGGAGGAUUUGGAAGAGGAGGUUGAAGAUGAGGGUUAGAUUGUCUUCGACAGGCUCCCAACCUCCUUUUUCUCUCCCCUUUCAUUUGGUCAUCAACAUUCCCUCUGUCUUGUAUCUGUGCUCAAGCACGGCCAAGUUGUCCAUAUAUGUUUAACUCGCAAUCUGCAGUGCCAUCCGGCAGACGGAUCUAACUAUAACCUCAAUCGUCCCUUGUUCAUCCAGAGCCCUGACUUGGAUUUUAAAAAGGCCCACGGAGGUAAAAAUGACAGAUGAUGUUUUGAAAUACACUGAAAAGAAGCAGACUCCUUUACAGCCGGAUGGACAUCUUUAAAAGCAAUGGAGAGAAUGCAUAAGCCUACACAGACUUUCAAGAUGUGAUGAGAGGAAGCACGUUAUAGCACACAACCUUUGGGCUUGUAUAUAAAUAAAAUUCACAUCCCUGGCGCUGACUGGCAGUGUUCAUAAGGGGUGUCUGGAACUGUGUGGAUAAAGGGAACUUGAAUAUUUUUAAAGUUGUGAUGAACUUUUCAUGGACUGUGGUUGUGUAUCUGUUGUUCUUAACAGUAUGUAAAAUAGCACACAAAUCCUCAUCCAGCUGUUUUUCCUUUAAGUGUUGUUUGCCUCAAUAAUGCUGGUUUUAUCCUUUAGGUUCGUACCGAUUACAGUUAUGCUGAGGUCUUUGACAAGCAAAUGUCUAACGGGAAAGAAAUAAGCCAUUUUUGUUUGGGAUUAUUAAUUGGACAAAGUUGAUUUUGUUUUCAUCCAGUAUUGUUUUGUUUUUUAUUCACGGUGCCUUACUUUAUCAGAAAACAAAGCUUAAUUUAUCAAAAAAAAAACACUAAGAUAUUUGGGGUUCAUAACUUCAACACUAUGAGAUUUUUUUUGUUAAUUUCAGUUAGUCUCCAUCUGACUGUUUAAAUUAUUAAAAAGCAUUUAUACAUGGAGUUUAGACAAAAAGAUCAAUAUUUUCUUUCAAAAACAAAAUAUAUCUUUAAGUUGAAAGGGGAUUAGGGUCACUGUGAAAAAAAAAAAAGAUGUCUGACUUUCUUAGCCUUUCAUAGGUAAGUGAUGCUAAUUAGCUUCAUACCUGUAAUAUCUAAAUACAGACAGGCAGGUGAAUAUGUAUCCUACUGAGGACACAGUUCAGAUUUGCUGUGAUCUUAUCAAGAGGUUAAAAGUGAAAACUAAACAUUUUUCAAAUAAAGCCUGGUUUAUGCCUAA